AUGCUCCCUUCUGAAUUAAUUCAUUACUCACCUCCGCCUCCUGACGAACCUUCUAGAAAGAAACCAUUCCUGCCUCCCAUACUCACACCUCCACUGCGUGUUUCUCCAGCUCUUUCUGGUAUUCCUGAAGACUAUUCUGUUAUUGGCUAUCUCCUUUUAAGCUGUGAAUGUGAUAUGUCACCAUUUCCGGUGGAGCAGAGUGGCGGUGAUUUGCAGAGGUCUGUUCCGACACCAUUUUUGACGAAAACGUAUCAAUUGGUGGACGAUCCGAGCACCGAUGAGAUGAUCUCUUGGAAUGAAGAUGGAACAACGUUCAUAGUAUGGCGGGCAGCUGAAUUCGCACGAGAUUUUCUCCCCAAAUAUUUCAAGCACAACAAUUUCUCCAGCUUCGUUCGUCAACUCAACACUUACGGAUUUAGGAAAGUAGUACCGGAUAGAUGGGAAUUUGCAAAUGAAUGCUUCAGAAGAGGCCAAAAAGAACUAUUAAGAGACAUUCAGCGCCGGAAAAUCUCAACUGCGGCAGCCACAACAUCGAUCACAGCCAACGUCCAGGCGGCGACGGGGGCAGUUCCGUCGGCUUCUGUUGUAGCACUCUCUCCGGAAAACUCUGGUGACGAGCAGAUUCUUUCAUCAAACUCAUCGCCGGCCGCCACCGUCACUCCGGCGAUUCCGUUGCGGACUUACACAACUGGAACGGAGCUUCUGGAGGAAAAUGGGAGAUUGAGAAAGGAGAAUUCACAGUUGAGCCAAGAAUUAAACAAAUUGAGGAGCUUGUGCAGCAAUAUAUAUAAUUUGAUGUCGAAUUAUGGGGAAACUCGUGGGGAUAAGUUUUCAAUAUCGUUGCCGGAGGGAAAAGCAUUGAAUUUGAUGCAGGAAACGCAGGUCAGAGUGGAGGACGACGGCGGACCGAAAUCCACGGCGGCAGUUAUGGCUGUGGAUGCAAAAGAAGAUAUUACUCCAAGGCUUUUUGGGGUUUCAAUUGGGGUGAAACGAGCAAGGAGUGAAGACGACGUGGCAGAAGAUCAGGUCCGUAAGUGUGAAUUUGAUGUGAAAUUGGAGCCGUCAGAUCCUAGCACAAGUAAAUAUCAGGACCGUUGGCUGGAUAAAUUAUGA